GCGCUGCUGCUUGCUGGUUUGCAUAGAAAUCUAUCUAGAUAGUGCAGUCGAUCGUGUAUUUUUAGAUAUUCAAUCUGUCAAGACAGUUUCCUAUUGAUUCAAACGCCUGUAAACAUUUUUGGAGUUUAAAUGUCACAAGCACCAAAGAAUGAAACCGUUACCAUCUCUGCAAUCCCUCCGCAAAAGUUUUCACUUGUUCCAAAAAUUGUCAACGGUGGGAUUGCAGGAAUAAUCGGAGUGUCAUGUGUCUUUCCACUGGAUCUAGUCAAAACUCGUCUGCAAAACCAGACUGUCGGCCCAAAUGGAGAACGGAUGUACACGUCAAUGUUGGACUGUUUCAAGAAGACCUACCGAGCGGAAGGCUACUUUGGUAUGUACCGGGGAUCUGCCGUCAACAUUCUGCUCAUCACACCAGAGAAAGCCAUCAAGCUUGCGGCUAACGACUUUUUCCGACACCACCUCUCAACGGGCCAUGGGAAGUUGCCCCUUGGACGAGAGAUGUUAGCUGGAGGUAGUGCAGGACUGUGUCAGAUCAUCAUCACAACUCCUAUGGAGCUGCUGAAGAUUCAGAUGCAGGACGCCGGCAGAGUUGCAGCUGCGGCUAAGCUGGAGGGUAAGACAGUUCCGAAGGUAUCCGCCACCUCGCUAGCCCUGGAACUGCUGAGGACUAAAGGUAUCUUUGGACUGUACCGAGGUAUCGGAGCUACGAUGCUGAGAGACGUUUCUUUCUCCAUCGUCUACUUCCCACUGUUUGCCAGGCUCAACUCCCUCGGACCUCGCAAGAACGAUGGCUCAGGAGAAGCAGUGUUCUGGUGCAGUUUUCUCUCUGGUUGUACGGCUGGCUCUCUCGCAGCUCUGUGUGUCAACCCCUUUGACGUGGUGAAGACGCGACUUCAAGCCAUCAGCAAGGUGGAAGUUGGACCCCGAUACAACGGAAUCAUGGAUGCUUUUGUGAAAACCUUAAAGAACGAAGGACCGCUGGCGUUCUUUAAGGGCGGAGCUUGCCGAAUGAUUGUGAUUGCCCCUCUGUUCGGUAUUGCCCAGACAGUAUACUACUUGGGGGUGGCCGAGAAGCUGCUGGGCUACCAGAAAUAAACACCCAUCGAAACUUAGUAAAUGUAUCAACAUAAAUGACAAUAACUCUAUGUACUCCCUUCCUACGCCUUUGACGGCCUUUUGUAAACGGCUGGCUCUUCCCAACUGCCCUGAAUCAGGUUGUUAAAUGUCGUCUGCUAAACUAUGGUUAGAUAUUUUGGCGUGAAACUGUAUCAGGUUACCGUUCCGUAGAUGUACUCAUAAUAUUCCAUUUAGCAUUUUUAGAAGCUUAUUUUUGAAGGCAUUUUUAUUAUUUUUGUUUGUUUUGCACACUUUUUAGUAGGCCAUGUGAGUUUAUGUGUCUCCAAUGGAUCUUGGAAUGCUGAAAAUAAUCUCCAAUGUAUAUUUUAUAUUAUUCAGCUACUUCCUAGAAUGUUGGUUUUGGAAGAAGCUAUUUUCAAAACAAGAUGCACAUAGAAUAGAUCGCCACACAGUGUUUUUCAACCUAGUAUUCAUUCUUCCAUUCUUAUGAGGGAAAACUUAUUUAAGUUGAAAAAUUUACUUAUAAGUUUUCACUGGUUUUGGAGUAUGAACUCACUAUGGUUUUUUAACUUUUUUUAAACGUUUAUGUUAUGUGUACAUUUUACGUGUACUUCACUGUCUGUGAAAAUGUCAGUAUUUCUUAUUUAUUGUUGGAAUGUUUAGCAAUAUGGGACAAAGAUAUUGAAACGUUAUCCGUUUACCUGUUGUUAUUAUAUGUGGCAUCUUUUGCUUACAAAUCAAAGAGUUAGGAGAAAUCCAUCAAUUUUUCAUCUGAUUUUGCAGUCUUCUAACAUGCCCUCGAUAUAGAGUCAAUGAUAUUAGAUUGUCAUUAGUUGCAAUUAAUGCGAUUGCACAACUAGUUUAAGUAGUAUGUAUAUAUAAAUUAUUUUUCUGUUGUUAUGUUUUAGUAGGAACUUCCGAGUCGGACUAGAUUCGAAGUGAGACAGGUUGCGUUGUUGAGUAUUUCUAGUUGGCUUACAUAGUUGUAUCAUAGAUAAAACAUACUCCCUUAGUAGAUUUCUCAUCCUAAUGGAACAGCUGAAGACAAUAUUAUUGUUAGUUCAUGUACGGUUUAUGUAGAGGUCGUGUUUUGUUUAUAAUUUGUUUCCUGUUAUUACAGUCAUUUAAAACUUCGUCUAACCAAAUAAUACGAUCUAAUCAUAAACAAUAAAUUGUCCCCUAGUUAUUUAACCAAACAGUAAAGCACAAAUCAAGAAAUUAACCCUAAAAUAAUAAAAACAAAAUUUCGUCGACACUAGCGCCCAGUGUGGCGUACAUGAAAUAGACAAGAAAAACGAGCUUCAAAAUUUACAAUGGGAUGAGAAGUCUACUUGUGUGGGUUAGUCUAUGGUUGUAUUUAAGACAGCGAGAAGCAACUUUGUACUUUAUAAGUACACUUCCAUGCUUAAAUGUGUUGCACGCUUCCCAACGGGAAUUGGGUUUAGAUUCGGGUAAUGUAUUUUAAUUUAUUGUGUUUUACCUUUAGAUUAGCUGUGUUGUAAUGCUUACUACUUUCUAUCAUUCCUUUCUUGUUUCUGUUUUCACUUAUUUUAUUUUACUGUUAAGCAUUUUUUUUUCUUUUCUUAUCUGUAACUAUUUUUAACUAGUUUUCUGUGUGUUAGUCACUAUAACUUUAUCUUCAAAUGACGAUAUUUUCCCCAUUUUAUUUUUUUGUGUCUUGUAAAUAAGUUCAUCUUUUGAGGGUAAAUGUAAAUGUAAUAAAAUAUUUAAGUUACAAGUGCGCUUGAAUUAGCAUACUCAAAAUUAUGACGUCCUUCAGUAAUAAUAAGCAAUAUUCGUCAAUUUAGUAAAAGAUAUUACAUUAAAUAUUAAAAAAUAAAUAUAAACCUAUACACUAUAGGAGAAAAUUAAGUUGUUAAACCUACUCAUACGAAAAAGUAUAAUAGUUCAUAUUCUAUUUAAAGCACUAUUGAUUAUUGGCAUAUUUUUUUUUUUUUUAUGUCGUCCUGUAAGUUAGUGAAUACAAUUGUCUUAAAUGUCUCUUUAGAAAUUACAAUUUACCUAUUUUCUAUCUUGAAUUUUUAAUUUUUCCAACCAUCAAACUAACUCUAUCAAUAAAGCAAAUGAGACUUCAUUUUAUAUCUAUAAGCAAGCUAUUUUUACCUGCAUUCAAAAGCUUUUCUGAGUUAAUAAUCUGGUUAAUUUAUGCCCAAUCAAUUAAAUCGGAUCGGUUUUGAUUACUUGUUCUUACAAUGUAAGUUAAACUAUUAUUCUGUUUGGUAGUUUAAAGAAAUUGGAAGUUGGGAAUUUAUGUUUCAAUCAUAGAACAUAUUUUGUUUUAUAGGAUACCAUUUUGUUUGAGUCUCAACAAGUGUGUUUGAUUUGCUUAGACGCUUAGGUAGUUUACUCUAUUACAAUUCCAGUAGUUAUUAGUAAUUUUGUUUGAAUGUCCUUUUUCAACUAGUGUGCUAACGUAGGUGCUUUUAAGCGUGCCAAUUGCCUUAACCUAACAAUAACUGGCCUAAACCUAAACACAUUUAAAAGACAGUUUAAAGAUAUUUAAGAAGCUGAAGUAUAAACUAAAGAUAUUUUUAAUGUUGGAAAAUUAGUGGACAACAUAGUUUUUU